AUGGCGAAUCAUGUCUGGCCGUUCUUCGACCUCGUUGUGCGUACACCCAUGCUCGAGUUGCGGGUGCCAACCGACGCGGAGAUUGAGACGCUGGUGCAAAGCGUCGAUUCGAGCAUCUACGACCGCACCGGCUUCAUGCCGUUUCACAUCGACUGGACCGGCGACCCCAUCGAGAGCAUGAAGUACUUUUGGAGCACGAGGUCGGGCUGGACACCCGACAACUGGACGCUCACGCUCGUGCCGUUCAUCGAUGGCGAGCCGCUGGGCAACCAGGCGUUGCGGGCGAUGGACUUUCCCAUCGUCCGCCGUGUCGAUACGGGCUCAUGGCUUGUGUCAAGCGCGCAGGGACGUGGCAUCGGCACCGAGAUGAGAGCGGCAGCCCUGCAUCUCGCGUUCGCAGGCCUCGACGCGCUCGAGGCGCAGUCCGAAGCCCACGUCGACAACAAAGCGUCCAACGGCGUGUCGCGUGCACUCGGCUACGAGGUCACCCACCGUGCGCAGUCGCGAUUCGGCAGUGAACGGGGCGAGGUCUACAACCUGAUGUUGCGUCGCGAGAUGUGGGAAGAACGGCGCCGCGACGACAUCGAGAUCAUCGGCCUCGACGCCUGCCUGCCACUGUUCAAAUCAGCUGACUAG